AGAGAGGAAGAGCCAAUCAGAUGACAGCGUUCUGAAGCCUUGUCCCUCCUGAUGCCAGUGUGGCUGCAUGAUCCGUACCAGAAACACGAUCUGUACCAGAAACACAAUCUGUACCGGAAACACGAUCCUUACAGGAAACACGAUCUGUACCAGAAACACAAUCUGUACCGGAAACACGAUCCUUACAGGAAACACGAUCUGUACCAGAAACACAAUCUGUACCGGAAACACGAUCCUUACAGGAAACAUGAUCUGUACCAGAAACACAAUCUGUACCGGAAACACGAUCCUUACAGGAAACAUGAUCUGUACCAGAAACACAAUCUGUACCGGAAACACGAUCCUUACAGGAAACAUGAUCUGUACCAGAAACACGACUCAUACCAGAAACAUGAUCCGUACAGGAAACACAAUCCGUACAGGAAACAUGAUCUGUACCAGAAACACGAUCCGUACCGGAAACACGAUCUGUACCGGAAACACGAUCCGUACAGGAAACACGAUCUGUACCAGAAACACGAUCCGUACCAGAAACACGAUCCGUACCGGAAACACGAUCCGUACAGGAAACACGAUCCAUACAGGAAACACGAUCCGUUCCAGAAACACGAUCCGUACCAGAAACACGAUCCGUACAGGAAACACGAUCCAUACAGGAAACACGAUCCGUUCCAGAAACACGAUCCGUACCGGAAACACGAUCCGUACCGGAAACACGAUCCGUACAGGAAACACGAUCCGUACCAGAAACACGAUCCAUACAGGAAACACGAUCCGUACCAGAAACAUGACCAGUACAGGAAACACGAUCUGUACCGGAAACACGAUCCGUUCCAGAAACACGAUCCGUUCCAGAAACACGAUCCGUACCGGAAACACGAUCCGUACCAGAAACAUGACCCGUACAGGAAACACGAUCCGUACCAGAAACAUGACCCGUACAGGAAACACGAUCUGUUCCAGAAACACGAUCUGUACAGGAAACACAAUCCGUACCAGAAACACGAUCCGUACCAGAAACAUGACCCGUACAGGAAACACGAUCCGUACCGGAUACAGGAAACACGAUCCGUACCAGAAACACGAUCCGUACCGGAAACACGAUCCGUACAGGAAACACGAUCCGUACCAGAAACACGAUCUGUACAGGAAACACAAUCCGUACCGGAAACACGAUCCGUACCAGAAACAUGACCCGUACAGGAAACACGAUCCGUACCAGAAACACGAUCCGUACCGGAAACACGAUCCGUACCAGAAACAUGACCCGUACAGGAAACACGAUCCGUACAGGAAGAAGUCUAUCAUUUAGCACGUGUAAAUGGGCUGACAGUACGGAUCGGGCAGCCACAGCCAGCACCAGCUGAUGGGA